AGGCUUUUGUGAUGAUAAUGAUGAUGAUCGUGUGCCUGAUUUCUAGUAUUGGUCUAGAGCUCGAUUGCAAACCAGGAUUGAAGAUGUAAUGAUUAGUCCAUGGCUUUCGAUGGCAAAAUUAUUUAGAGUUGAGAUACUCUACAGCACUGUUUCUUCUUUUCUUUUUCUUGACAUUUUCAGAGAAGAAAAAAUCAGAAUUUUGUUCAUGACUUUGAGAGUGACAUGGAUAAAACUAUAUGACGUCUCUAACGGGGAAAAGCACCUCCCGAUAAGCUCCUUCAAAAUAGGCAGUUAUCAUCCCAUCCGGACAAGCCAACCACUAAAAUCAAAUCCGUAGUCCCGACUACUGCUCUCUCCCGAAGAGAUAGAGGAGCCCCUUCGUCUUCCUCUUGCCGCUCCGUUUCCAAGCUAGUCGAGGGCUUAAUCUCCGAAUGAUCGGUGGAGUUUAGAAGCACCUGAUCCCACAUGGCCGCCAUGCCAUUAGCCACGGCUGAAGUAUGCGAUGCGAAUUUGCAUCCAAUCAUCAAAGGUGAGCUCCGCGCCCUCCACCCCAUCUUCCAAAUCUACGGGAGGCGGCGUGUUUUCGCCGGCCCGGUCGCGACGGUGAAGGUCUUCGAGGACAAUGUCCUGGUCCGCGAGCUCAUCGAGGAGGAGGGCCACGGCAGGGUCCUCGUGGUGGACGGCGGCGGCAGCAUGCGCUGCGCCAUCUUGGGCGGCAACCUCGCGCAGUGGGCGCAGAGCAGAGGGUGGGCCGGCAUCGUCGUCAAUGGCUGCAUCAGAGACGUUGAUGAGAUCAACGGUUGCGACAUUGGCGUUCGCGCUCUGAGCUCGCACCCCAUGAAGUCGGGCAAGAAGGGCGCCGGCGAGAAGCAUGUGGGUGUGGCCAUUGCAGGGACCAGGAUCUGCGACGGCGAGUGGCUGUACGCCGACGCCGAUGGCAUCCUCGUCUCGAGGACUGAAUUGACUGUGUAAACUGUGUGUGUUAUAGGGAAUAUGUUGAUUUGUACGAGUCUUCGGUGCUUAAAGGAUUGCUACUGCUUCUACCCUCCUCGUGUACCAUCCAAAAUUGCAAGAAAUGUUAAAAUUGCAGCCAGGUUCCUCUUGCCCGAGUCUUUUCUCGAUUCUACUGGGAUUUUCAACG